AUGUCAGCAAUGCAGAUGGAAGAGUUACUUUUAAUAGUCGGACCGUACAUAACUAAGCAGUUUGUAGUUAGAGAGCCAAUACCACCAAACGAGAGAUUAGCUUUAACACUAAGAUACUUAGCUUCCGGCGAUUAUAUGCAGUCGAUAUCGCAAAAGUUUUAUGUGUCAGGACCAACUGUAAGCAAUAUUGUUUACCAGACCUGCCAAGCCAUUUGGGCUGUACUUCAGCCACUUGUUUUACCAGCGAAUAUACCAACGGAGGAGUCGCUCAAAAUCGCACGUGGUUUUCAAGAUACUUGGCAAUUUCCAAAUUGUAUAGGUGCCAUUGACGGGAAACAUGUACGGAUCCAAUGUCCUCCAAACGCAGGUUCCCAAAACUUCAAUUACAAAGGGUACCACAGCAUCGUAUUAUUAGCCGUUUGCGAUGCCAAUUAUCUUAUCCGGUGUGUGGAUAUUGGCGCAUACGGACGUAGAAGCGACGGUGGAAUUUUCAGCGACUGUGUCUUUGGGCAGAAAUUCGAGUCGAACGAUAUGAAUGUUCCCGAACCGGCUCCAAUUUCUACCCAAAGACCAACACCGUUACCAUACUGUUUGGUCGGUGAUGAAGCUUUCCCUGCCAAAAGCUACAUGCAGAGACCUUAUCCGAAGCAGAAUUUGGAGAUAAGACAAUGUAUUUACAAUUAUCGCUUGAGUUGUGCCAGAAGAACUAUAGAAAACACCUUCGGUAUACUCGUUAAUACGUGGCGAGUAUAUCACCAAGCAAUAAAUGCUAGUGGGAGGACCACCAUCGAGAUUGUCAAGACAACAGUCUGUUUGCAUAAUUGGCUCCGCAAACAAGAUCCUUGA